AAUAAAAAAAAAAAUGUGUUCUGUUCACACAAUUGAUUGAGCGCCCAGUUUUUUGAAAACCUCCAGCCUUCAUCGUUCCCUCGCUCGCUCUCCCUCUCACGCCGACCACCGUCGCCGGCGUAGCGAAUCUCGAAUCUGCGCUUCUACGGCUAUGGCUGGUUCAGAAAUGUAUCAAGUUACGAGUGCUACCAGAAAACCUAGGAUUCUGCUUGCUGCAUGUGGAAGUGUGGCUGCGAUUAAAUUUGCUCACAUUUGUCACAGCUUUUCCGAGUGGACAGAAGUGAAUGCAGUUGCUACUCCAGCAUCGCUUCGUUUUAUUGACAGAGCAUCGCUUCCCAAGAAUGUCUAUCUCUACACAGAUGAGGAAGAAUGGUCCAGCUGGAACAAAGUAGGCGACAAGGUGCUGCAUAUCGAGCUCUGUAGAUGGGCUGAUAUUAUGGUCAUUGCACCUUUGUCCGCAAACACACUUGCAAAGAUUGCUGGAGGGUUGUGCGAUAACUUGCUGACAUGCAUUGUCCGAGCGUGGGAUUACAGCAAACCGAUGUUUGUGGCACCUGCUAUGAAUGAUCUGAUGUGGACCAACCCUUUCACCGAGCGUAACUUAAUGGUGAUUGAUGAGCUUGGAACUGAUCUUAUCCGACCAGUUACAGACAGGACCACUGUCGUUUUCGGAAGUGGUGCAAUGGCUGAGACUAAGGACAUUUAUUCAGCAGUGAGACUUUUCUACGAGACCAAGAAACAAUCGGGUGGUAAUAACUAGUGAGUGAGUAAUAACUAGUGAGUGAGAGAGAUCUAUGAAUUAGUUGUAAUAAUUCUUGUCGAUAAAACGAAAAAUUGAAAACUAGUGUAGUAGUAGAAGUAGUAUCAAGUCUCUGGCUUGUACAGAUGAUGAGCAAAUGUGCAGUUCCGUUCGAUAGAGUUUGUGGUUCAUUUUUAGCUCUGUUUCUCUUACUUUCCAACUCGUGGAGAUUUCCGUGCUUGUGUUGCUACUUGAGGAUCUAACUGUUCGUUCGAUGUGGGAUAUUUUCGAAACUCGUAUUGUGUUCCGGAAUUAAUAAUGACUAUUACUCUUUGACCAUAAUUCGCAAUUAGCAUGAGUAGUGUUAUUGA